UCAUGCUGCUGCCAAGUCCAGAGUCUGUCAUGGGUCCCUGUACGGCCUCCCAUUUCUGCUGUCUCCAUCGCCACACUCUGCCAUGUGCCACUUUCAGGUCUCCUCACACUGCUGGUGUGUUGAAUUUUUUGACAUAGGGUGCUGGCAGAUUACGGGCCUCCCAUAGCUGCUGCCAGGCCCCUGAUCUGCCAUGGGCCCCUAUACCGCCUCCUCAUGCUGCUGCCAGGUCCACAAGUCUCUCAUGGGUCCCUGUACGGCCUCCCAUUGCUGCUGUCUCCAUCGCCACACUCUGCCAUGUGCCACUUUCAGGUCUCCUCACACACUGCUGGUGUGUUGAAUUUUUUGAC